UGAUACAGUACCCGUCAGGAAACAAAGAGAAACAAAUUCAAGAAUCUUUGGUCGCUGUUGUCAUAAAAUACCUAGCUCUUGGUCUGACUAAGAUUGCUGUCCGAUCAUUGAUAAAGAUUCCAGAUGUCUUGGAGACUGUAAAGACAGAAGUGUUAGGAAUAAUGAACAAGGAGGUAUAGAAUUUGGUGUCGUCGGGUAGCAAUAGUGUCUUAAGGAAGACCAGUCCAAAGGAUUUGAUAUCGUUCAAGCUGGAAGCUUUAACGGACGAACUGUUAGAGAAAACUCCAGCAACAUUCCAAAUGUUAAAGCUGCUAUGUCCAAUUAAACCUCCAACCGGGUCGAAAAGCCAAGAAGAAUUGAGUAAUCAUGAAAAGAAGGGUCUAGAGUUGAUGUCAAGACAUGGAAUUACAGUCCCUCCAGAUUCUGUGGUCAUUAAGUCAAAAUAAAUGGGAAAAGAUCAUGAUGAACAAGUACAUAAGUGGAAGGAUAAUAUUAUCAGAUUUCAAGAGAUUCAAUAUUGCUUGGAAGAAAUAAACACUCAAUUGCUGAAGCUACAAUAUCUUCCUGGUCUCCCAUCUCAUCAACACUUAUCAAAUUUUCUGCAAUCAUCUUUGUCACACCGUAAUGKGGAAAAAGAUGGAAAUUUAACAACUACAGAUGUGUCAAGUUUGAAUUUGUUUAGCCACCACAGUCCUGAAACUAUAAUAGAGAAUCUUGUUGAAAGAUUGAAAAGCCAUGAAACAAAAGAGGAUAUCAUUAAGGAGGCAUUUUCUUAUGUCGCAGUCUAUGGAAGAGAACUUGAAAAUGAUGAACAGGAGAAAGACAAUAUUGACAUUUUUCAGGUUAUUGGAAAUGCAAAAACCUCUGUCAUUAACAAUGCUCCAUUAGGAUAUCAAAUCAUUGGGGAUAAUUUGGACUUACAUCUAAAUGUUAGACACAUGACCAAAUCUAACAAAAACAAGUCGCUCCAUACAUUUAACAUGGUGGCUAUCAAGGACAAGGCAUCAGGGAAACACCUUCAGGAUGUACAUGAACGACCACUUUCUGAUGUUGUAAUAACCGAGUUUCUACCUUCUGUUAAUGAGGUUUUUGRACAUUGAUUAACUAAAUGCAGUCAUAUUA